ACUGCUCUGUUGAUAUAGGCAGAGCUGCCCUCCCUCUCGAGGUUAUGACUGACGACUUGUACAAGACAACAACUCUGAUAAUCCAGGAGGAAGUAUGCUUUAAUGUGCGUUUAUCUGCGGGUUUGUCGACGAGAGACGGUGUGAACUCCAGCUGUCAUGAAUAAGUCGACAUAUUUAGCACCAAUUUGAGAUUAUAUUAACCUGCAACAAUGUCCAACGCACAAGUUGAGAUCCCAGGACGCGUUUUCCCCGGCCUCCACAUGGACAUAUCAGAGCCCCGAGUCCCAUCCGUGCUCAGGACGCACGGCUUGGGCGCCAGAAGGAACUCUUAUGGGCUGCAGAAGAUCAGCAUGGACCUGGAUUCGCCUCUUUACAGCGGUGUCCUUUCCAAAACUUUGUCCUGGUCCGCUGAAAAUAUCCUCACACUGACAGAGUCCAGAGUGGAGGAAGAGAAAGCCGAGGAAGAGUCACCCCAGUCGCCCUCACCCGUCUCCAGCCAGGGCACGAGCACCCACACGCCCCCCUCUCAGCCGGACCCCACAAACCACGAGGCGCACUGGGAGCGCAGACCCAGCUCUGACUCUGAAAGUGAACUGGUCCAGACCAAACAGCAGAAGAACUUGUCCCAGAUCGCCUUUGAUGCGCAGUGUGAGCAGGAGGAGAAGGAGGACCUGGAGACCAAAGCCGUGGCGACGUCCCCUGAUGGAAGAUAUCUCAAGUUCAACGUUGAGAUCGGACGAGGGUCUUUCAAGAAUGUGUACAAAGGGCUGGACACGGAGACCACUGUGGAGGUGGCGUGGUGUGAACUACAGACCCGUAAGCUGACCAAAGCCGAGCGUCAGCGUUUCAGCGAGGAGGUGGACAUGCUCAAAGGGCUGCAGCAUCCAAACAUUGUGCGGUUUCUCGACUCGUGGAAGUCCACCGUGAAGGGCCACAAGUGCAUCAUCCUGGUGACCGAGCUCAUGACGUCAGGGACCCUCAAAACGUAUCUGAAGAGGUUCAAGGAGAUGAAAUUGAAGCUGCUGCAGCGCUGGAGCAGACAGAUCCUCAAAGGGCUGCACUUCCUUCACACUCGCACCCCUCCCAUCAUCCACCGUGACCUCAAGUGUGACAACAUCUUCAUCACCGGGCCAACCGGCUCCGUCAAGAUCGGGGACCUGGGGCUGGCCACGCUCAAAAGUGCCUCAUUUGCUAAAAGUGUCAUCGGAACUCCUGAAUUCAUGGCUCCAGAGAUGUACGAGGAGAAGUAUGACGAAGCCGUGGACGUUUACGCCUUGGGAAUGUGCAUCCUGGAAAUGGCCACCACCGAAUACCCGUACUCCGAGUGCCAAAACGCUGCUCAGAUCUACCGCAAAGUCACCAGCGGGAUUAAGCCUGACAGUUUCUACAAAGUGAAAGUCCCAGAGCUCAAGGAAAUAAUUGAAGGCUGUAUUCGAAUGAACAAAGAUGAAAGGUAUACUAUUCAGGACCUUUUGGAUCACCCCUUCUUCCAGGAGAACAACGGCGUCCACGUUGAAUUGGCCGAAGAAGACGACAUGGUGAAGCCGGAUCUGAAACUGUGGCUGAGAAUGGACGACAUCAAAAAACUCCAUGGGAAAUACAAGGACAACAAUGCCAUCGAGUUCCUGUUUGAGCUGUACAAGGACGUCCCAGAGGAGGUGGCCCAGGAGAUGGUGAUGCUUGGUUUCGUUUACGAGGCCGACUUCAAAAUCGUCGCUAAGGCCAUCCGGGACCGAGUAUCCGCCAUUAAACGCCAGAGAGAGAAGCUAAGACGCGUAGCCGAGGAGCGCAAGAGAAAACAAGAACAGGAAGCUAUCGAGGAAGAACCAGAGCUACCCCAACCUCCGGCUUCACCCAGAGUCAACGGUGUCACUGCUGCGGACUCCCCCCCUCCGCCUGUCCAGAGCCCCCCUGCUCCCGUGCUGUCCCCCAUCACCAGCUCAGCAGACUCCGGAGUGGGGUCAUCCUUCCCCCCUGAACCGGAGGAGCCAGAGGCAGAUCAGCACUUCCAUAUACGUCACAACAGUCUGUCCUCGGCUAAUUCUGACUGCGAGACGGACGGAUAUCUGAGCUCCUCCGGACUGCAGGACCCCCUCGAAUCCCCCCAGACCCCUCCCACGGUACGAGCUAGCCCACACGCAGCUAACGGACUGGCUAUCCCGGCACUGCGGUUCCCCACGAGCAUCGCUGUAUCCAACAACACUGAGCACAUCAACUCAGGUCCCUCAAGUGGCCUCAACUCUCCAGUGGACAGCUAUGGCUCCGAUGUGAUGUCCGGACUCAGCGAUGGAUAUGAGGGUCUGACGGAGAAGAAUGAGAAACCAGCGGCCAGACGAACCGCAGCCAAACUGUUCAGGAGACGAGCGCGAUCUAAGCUUCGGAUCACCGGGCUCUCUGAUAAAGUGGACCGAGUGGUGGAGUGUCAGCUUCAGACCCACAACGAAAAGAUGGUCACAUUCAAAUUCGACCUGGACGGAGACAGCCCCGAAGACAUUGCUGCUGUGAUGGUCCACAAUGAGUUCAUCCUGCCGUCAGAGAAGGAGGGCUUCAUCUAUCGAAUGGGUGACAUCAUCAAACGGGCCGAGGCUCUGAUGGCCAAAGAGCAGCCCACCAACCAUUCCAGCGGACACAGACCCCCACAGCCGGGCUUCCACAAUGGAGUCAACUCUCUGUCUGCCUCUCAGCCGAAUCUGCUCAGUCAUGGCAUAUCUCGAACACAUUCUUCGUCCUCGCUGCCUGAUUUUAGUGCGGCUAACCCAGGUACAGGGGCGCACAGCUCGGCCCUGUGCCCCAAAGAAGAUGCUUCGACUAAAGGCAAUAAUUUACCUGCACGUCCCCUCGUACGCUCCUUGUCUUUCCACAACACUCCAGGAUCUCCUCUGCACCAUUACAGCCAUCCCCAACAGCACUCCUCUUUACACCCCCAUCACCAACAGCACCACCACCUCCCCUACAUGGGACAUACUCAUUUCCCAUUCCCUUACCCCGGUUCCCCUGGCUCCUCCUCCCCUAAACUCUCCACGGGACCCCACCACACCCCCCUCACACGUGUUGCCAGUAACCCCAACUUCCCAUCAGUCCCUUCCCCUGCUCCGGGAUCUCCCAAUACCCCAAUGGAGACCAGCCCAAGCCCUGGAAGCAAUGAAAAUCUCAACUUGAACCACCCAAAUCCGCAAACCAUAUGGCCCCCGCAUACUCAGCCAUUGUUUUCUUUGGCUAAUGUAAUUUCAAUGGCAAUGAGCAUGGCGCAGUCUUUUAUACCGCCUGCUAGCAUGUCCGCGCAAGGCUUGCAUUCUUAUCCCGGUUACCAUCCCCACCUUCCCCACCAUAUGCAACCCCAAUCUGGUUACCCUCCUGUAUACCCACCCCAGUACCCUCCCAACGGAAUGGAAGUACCCUAUCCCAAUGCUACCAUCUCACCAAACUACCAUAAUACAGAACCCACCCCACAAAGGCCAUGGCAACAACCUUUUUCUCCUCCAUCCCUCCCCUCCACACCCCCAAUGGCAAGACACGAGCAACCACAACAAAUUGAUAUACAAGUUUCUUCAGAUGGGGCCCAAGUUGACAAUAAUCACAAUUUUACUGCUAAAGCGGAUGUCCUGAGUUCAACCUCUUCAUCCGAUCUCUCCUCUUCACCAAGCGAAAGCCCACAAAACACCUUAUCCUCUCUGAGUUCUCCAAUAACCCCCUCUGUGGCUGAAAUGGAUUGCUCCAGUCCUAAACCAACACCGUCGCCGUCCAGCUCGGUUCCAAACUCCCCCAAGACCAUCGGCCGCUUCCAGGUGACCCCCAGCAUCAGUGUCCCUGCACCCCAUUCACCCCUCAGCUUGCCUGAAAGCCCUGCCCCACCUACUUCUACCCCACCUACAGAGGGCGCUCUUAACACCACAUCAGAGACCAGCACGGACCAGGCUGAAUCCGAGACAAGUCUUGGCACGUCCCUUACUAUAUCCCCCCCACAGUCUCUACAACAAAGAAGUCCAACCGGGGUAUCCCAAGACGUUCAAAAGGCAUGGUCCAUAAGCCAGGAUCAGCAAGCAGAGGAUGAGGAAGAGGAUGAAGAAUGUGAGGUUGGCGAUAGACAAAGAGUUAGGAAACGAAACAGGAGAAGAGCGUAUAGUUUGAGUCUUAUGGGGACAUCUGCAGACAGCGGGCUUUCGGUGACUGCGGCUGAAAUGGAGGGUCGGCUGUGGGAUGGAGCGGCGGGGAGCCCUCAGUACAGUAACGCUCUGCACCAUUUGUGGAUGAUGACGUACAACCGGAACACGGCCUACCUGAGCAGCGACGACUCGGACAGUGAAGAUGAGGAGAUGCUGGAGGAGCUGCAAGAGCUCAGAGAGAAGCAUCUGAUUGAGGUACAGGCCCUACAAGCUGCUCAGAAGCGUGAAAUUGAGGAGUUGUAUGAGAAAAUGGGUAAGGUUCCUCCUCCGGGAAUCGUGUCCCCUGCAGCCAUGUUCUCCAACCGUCAACGCAGACUGUCCAAAGGCAGCGGAUACCCCUCCUCAAGAAGAAACAGCUUGCAGAGAGAAGUGCUGCCCCUUCAAGGUAUCAUAAGGAGGAACUCUUUGGGAGGCAGCAGCAGCGGCUCACAGGAUAAACCCAGCAAAGGGGUCACUUUCGCCACAGAGAUUAACAGAAUGUAACAAAUUCAACCACACAAGCUGGUUAUCUACCUCAAAUGAACUGUCACUGCAGCGUUCCCUCGUCUUUCUUCAGCCAGCGUUUCCAAUUGCGACCAAUCAUCAUUACCUCAAGCUCUCACCCUGAAAGCAAACAACCCAGAAAGCAAGCAACUCAUCCAGUGCUCAAAAUUAUUAGUAUUUUUUUUUGUCAUGGUUAAAAUGUAAAUCAGCUAUAUGAGGUUUAAACAGUUUCGACCAACUUCAUGUGGUUACACAAAUUGUGAGAGAUUUACUCAUACGCAGUGAAGUUCAGAUAUAAAGUGCUACUUGUUGUUUUUCUCAUUACACUGGUACUGAAUUUUACACAGAAUUAUAUAAAUAGAUAAAUUGUGCACCCACAGCUGCAACACUACUAUUAGAAUCUAUGACAAAUAUCAGAGGACAACUGAUGGCUUUCAAAGCAAUUAUACUGAAUCUAUGGAUAUCUGUCACAUGUGGCAUAAGGUUGUAUUGUAUAAUUGUAAUAUAUCUGAACAAUUGUAUGUGAACUCUCAUAUUGACACACUGAGCUCUCUGCUUCUGUGCAGAUAAACUUGGAGCAGUUACAGUAAAAUGUGGUAUUUUCUGUGCAUGGAACCUAUUUUCAAGCCUUGCUGUUGGUGGUUAGCUCCUAUAAGCAGAAAGUAAAUAGAACCGCUUUAGUGAAUGUUACACAAUGUUUGAGAAAUACAUCUGGUUUGAACCAGGGAUUUUGUAAAUAUUCUUCUUAGAAUUUAGACUACUGGUUUCCUGUUACUUGUACAGCUGUAUAUAAAUGAGUGCAUUCAUGUUUACAAUGUAAGAGUAAACCCGAUAUUUCAAAAACUUAUUUUUGCAGAACAUUUUUAAUAGAUAAAGCACAUUGUGCACUUUAGUGGAUUGUACGUCAAAGUUCAAAGGAUUUUCCUUUAUGAGGACAUAUGAUUCUUUCACUAUAAAGAUAAAUCUAAUACUCCCCAAUCUAUUUUAAUAUCAUAAUCUGCUGGAUCAAAAUGACAGUUCCACUUGUGAAUAUUUAGCUGUCACUGCCUUAUAAAAACAGCACACUGAAUGUUUCAGUGGAGGGUCUGCAAAAUAUCCAAAGACUAUAAUAUAUCAAUUGAAAGUGAUUACUGUACAACUGUUAAUUGAAUGUAAAUAUGCGAAUGUCCUGCUUUCUGAAGCUGCUGUCCUGCCAUGCUGAUUUUGUGCCUUUCCCUCAUAAUGUCUUAUUUUAUAUUUUUACUCCAGAUUAAUAACAGAUCAAAAUAUUGUCAAAUUUUAAAAUGCAAAAUAAAAGACUCUGUAAAUACAU